GCUUCUCCCGCGCUUUUGGAACCGAACGCCGGUCGGUUUUUCUUCCCUUUCUGGAGCAGUUUCAUGGUUCAUCCUGAGACUUGGGUGGAUUUAUGGGUAGUUCCUCACUCAAAACACUAAGAAUAUAUCGUGUGUUACAGGACCGUGGCCAGGAUUUGAUAAAGUAUCAAGUCACAAGCACUGCAGUGCAUGAACGCCUGUACAAGUUUUUGCUGGAUUUCGCGAAGCUUCAGCUUGAGGCUUUUGCAGCGCAAAAGUAGGCUCAUAAUGGACUUGAAAAUGUUUCUGUAGGAAGCUUUGUGAGAAGUAUGCGGUCGAUUCAGAGAAAUAUUUUGGAACGACGAACACUUUUGGUUCUGCCAUCAAUGAAUUCCUUCGAGUCACUCAGUUAUUAGUUGAUACAGAAGGCCUGGUGGCAAACUCUUUCGAACUACAAGGAGGAAAUGAUGUGAAACAGGCAAUUAAAUCUGAACGACAUGGAAUGAAGCGAUGGAAGCGUGAUCGGUACUGUCCUAUCUCCAUUAACUAACGUUCAUAAGUGACAAACUGGUGUCCGAAAUGAAGUGUCAGACGAGGAUUAUCGACGACGAGAUUAAGCGAUAUCGUGACAAGUACAGGGAUAUGGUCAAAGCGAACGAAGAUUACGCACGCAUUGAGGCUGAUAUUUCACACUCCCAGAAUGAUGUUACAAAGGUGGGCUCGAACCCUUCGCUCAUGCUUGCGGAUGAGCCGAUUGAGGUAGUAGACAAAUUCGUUUACCUGGGCAGCUAUAUCGGUCCCGGUGGUCUCGCGAAAGACGAUGUUCCCAUCCGGACCGGGAAGACCAGAGCAGCUUCUGCACUCACCACCGCCCAAACAAAAACUACCGAAUUCGAUAGAGCACGGAGGGACUACCAGGCUGCUUUGAAUCAGUUCAAUCUCUAUCGACACGAUCAUUUCAACCGCAUCUUACCAUACUGGGCGCAUGUCGGUUAUCAAAUGACAAAAGACCGGUACGCUCGACUUCAGUCUCUUUUUAAUGCUUUGUGCGAACGUGUUCGUGUCAUGGCAGAACGUCUGAACACAGUUUCUAGCGAAUUGCAAAAUAUAUCCAACACGCUGGAUGUUGAUCAGGACACAGAACUUUUGGUGUCUCAUCUUCGAACGGGUAAUCCUUGCCCCGGCGAUGUUGCAUUUGUUGACCUGGCCUCUGCAUAUCCAACUCCUUCCCCAGUCCCAACCGACUUUGAGACACACCGCGAAAAAUCAGGCACAAUGAGCAUGUAUGCCACCCCACAUUUACCGUCCAAUUUCUAUCCGUCAGUCAGCGCCGCAGAUUUUGCAGCACUGAAAGAGGCCGGCCUGGUUAAAACAAAAACCGAUGAACCAGUCUAUUCAGGAACCAGUUCCCUCUACUCCACUGUUUCCGCCAUCAUCACAAACGGGACUGCUCGUCGGCCAAGUGUUGCCACGUCCGGUGUACACUCUCCACCACACACCUCUGGUAUCUUACGUCGACUGUUCUCCCGUCGCAGUCACGCACCCUCCAAUCAUACUGGACGACCGGGUUCUAACGAAAAGUCUGACCUGUGUGAUGGACAACCGAAUACCCAACACAUGAGCAGAAUCUGCGAUUUGCUGGACAGUAGUGACUUCUCCGACAGCAGUUUUGAAUCCGAUGAAGAUAGCCAAAUAAAGGUUGGUCCGUAUGCCGAGAGCCGUGUCCUUGUGGGAAUCAAACGUGACGGCACGACUGAGAUUGAUCCCGAGGGAAGCAAUAGCGCCUCCUGUUCCAAGCACCUUGCACCGCUUGCGAAACCAGAAGCUGGUUCUUACGCGUAUUCUGUCAUCAGUACGAACGGUUUACAAUAUAACGGGCGUGGAAAAGUUGAUGCACACGAUGUCGGAGGUCCACGUUCCACUACAGAAGUCCAUGAGUCAGAUAUUACUUAUUCGAGACCUAACCCUCCACCUGUUUCAAGCAGACCGAAAAUACUAUCUAAUGUUUGUCAACCAGAAAACCGGGCUGAACUAAGUUCAGCGACAUCACUGUCACCUAAAUCCAACCGUGCUCCCACCAGACCACCUCCGAUUUCCACCACGCGCAUCUCCCAAUCUGAGAAUGACACUGGCUCUCAGAAAAGCGACCCUAGUUCGUUGGUGCCUUCUGGUAUGAAUGCGGUGAAUACACACCCAACUGCUACCCAUAUACAGACAAGAAGAACUAUAGACUCAGACACAUCGCCAGUACAUUCUACAGCCGGUUCACCAAAACGGGAAAACACUGUGGUCCCAAGUUCACCACGAAUCGCAGUAUAUGACCGCCGCGGUGAAAACUCUCCGAAGGACGACUCAUCCAAACACUACUUUCCUCGUAAGGCACAAUCCCGUUUAAGUUCGUCUCAAGACACUGCCAUUGUUGUCGGCGAAUGUACUGCUCUUUACGACUUUGCAGCUGAUGGAUUCGAACCCUGCUACCUGGCCUUCAGUGAAGGUGAAAAAUUCUAUACAUUGGCACCUUCCGUCUCCGAAGACACAAGAGAAUGGAUGCGGGUGAUUCGUUUCGACAACUACGAGCCCGGUUAUGUCCCCACUGCUUUUAUGCAACAGCAGCGCUACUCACAGCCAGUCCUACUUCCAACGGGUAAUUCCAAUUCCAGAGAGGUUAAAUCAUCCAGCUGCGUUCCAAGCCCUGUUCAUACUGUCACUACAGCCUCCGGACAAUCCCGGUCCUCUCAUUCAGCAGUCAGUUCGCCAACUGCCUUCCAUAAACCACCUAGAAACUUGAGAGCACUGGGUGCAAUCUACAGUAAUCGCUUAGCCGGAAGUGCGAGAGGCACAGACCUCUAGUAAAACCAAUAUCGCUACACCAGAAUGUUCCCGAAUCGCCUAAAUUUGUUUCACCACAAGCCAUCUACCCAAAUAGUCUUUCAAGAGUAUCUCAUUUGGAAGUCUGCUUGUAAAUAUUUCAUUCUUUACUGCUAUAUAUCCCUCGCAAACUUCUCCAAAACUGAGAGAAGACGAGUGCGAGUUUGCUUGUCAAUGAUGCUUCUUACCGGUUUUUCAAUUUAAAAUGCGAGGUUAAUGUUAAAUUUCUUAUUGCUAAUCGAUUUAGUAUUUGUGAUGCUUGGUCGCAAGCGUUUUUGUACACAACACGCUUUUUGCUAAUGAAUUUUUUUGUCAUAAGAAGAAUAACUAAAUCCUUCACAGAUAGGUACAUUAUCGUGCACAAAAAUAACCACGUUUUUUUCUUCAAAAAAGUGGUGGAGGGCCAUCACGUGGAAUAGAUCCGGGGGGAGUUUAACGACGUCGCACUCUUCUAAUUGGAGAAAAAGAUGUGUCGUCAUCACUCUCAAUUUCGCCGCGUUCCAAAGCCUGUUGAUUCCGCCUCAACAUGGCGUAGAACUGGACAACUUUUGGAUUUGCUUGAAUAACUUCUGGGCGCCAGUCGAGCAAACGCAGACCGGAU